AUGCAAAUGUUGAGCACAUUACGGAUUGUCGUCCUCCUAGUAGGACUAUGCACGCCGACCAUUGUGUUAAAUGUCCUCCAGUUUGUUUCCUUGGCAAUGAUGCCAUUUGCGCCAAAGACUACGGCUGCAUUCAACUGUCUAUGUGCUUGGUUUGUAUGGAGAGUCCUACAAGAGAUAUUCGAACGUCUGGAUCGGGCCAAAGUCACAUUCAGUGGCGACCAUCUCCCAGAUGGUGAAAAUGCUCUCAUCAUAUCAAACCACGUCGGCUUCUCGGACUUCUUUCUGAUACAUACUCAAGCAUACCGAAGAAAAAUGUUGGGAAACUGCAAGUACUUUGCCAAAGACUCUCUCAAAUGGAUACCUUUGUUUGGCUGGGGAAUGUGGGCUAUGGGAAUGCCAUUCAUGGCUAGGAAUUGGUUGUCGGACUCUAAAACAAUUGCCAAGGUCUUUGCAAACAUUAAAGACUUGGAAUUACCCGUUUGGCUGAUUUCGUAUUUGGAGGGUACGAGAUUCACUGCUGAGAAGGUGCCUGAAAGUCACGCCUUUGCAAAAGACAAGGGCCUACCACAGCUAGAUCGAGUCCUUUUACCGAGAACUAAAGGAUUUAUUGCUACUGUUAAUGCUUUCAGAAAAAGUCAUGUCAAACACGUAUAUGACUUUACCAUCGUGUACAAACACGUCACAAAAGGGUUACAACAUUCUCCAAGUCUCCUAAGAGUCUUCGCAGGUUCUCUAGACCGAGAAUACAAGUUUCAUGUGCAUGUGAAGAGAUAUGCCUUAGAUUCACUGCCGACUGAUCCUGAAAAACUGACACAAUGGGCUAUGGAACGAUACCAAGAGAAAGAUGUCCUUUUAAAGGGCAUGGCUGAAUCAUGGACUGACAAAUUAACGCUGAGGGUUGAUACAUGGCCUACGGACUUGGUUAGUACAUAG